AUGCGGGCCCCAGCCCCUGCUACCCCUGUGUCUGACGGCACAGGCACGGAAACGAAGGAGAGUGCUGCGCCUACCGGGCCUACCGAUGACGAGGAUGACUGUGAAAGUCCGGAAGAAAAAAAACUCUACGCAAGGAUGGAGGCAAAGAUCCGUCGAAUGUGUACCCCGAGCCCGACCACCGGAAAGACCACGGCAAGCCCACAGUUGCUGGCGGAGUGGAAAAGCAAGGGGAAAAAAGUGCAGAAGGUGAAGGACUUCUGCGAGAAGCACGGCUUCGUUCGGAACAACAAGUACGAUGAGGACGAGAAGGAAUACUGGGUGGACUUCCGGACGGAGGGCAGCCGAGGGACCAACGAGAUUGAUGCUGUCCGGGAGAAGAAGAUGGCUGACACCACCGGUGCCGAAGGGUUUGUUACGGGGGCUGUGGGCGACGGGCCGCUUCCAGAACUUCCGAUUCAAGGGGGCCUUGCUCCAGGGAUCGAGAAGGCCUGCUACUGCUUGCGGAUGUUCUAA